UGUGUUUCUCCCAAGGGCUAACACUAGAGAAAAAUCUCUUUCUCUCUUAUAAUAUUUCUCCAUCUUAUUUUCAAGGUUAUGCAAGCAAAUGGUUUGGAUGAACGUACCAAUCUUCUUGUGGAAGAAUAUUCUACGUCUGGUCGCCUGGACAACAUCACACAGGUCAUGAGUAUCCAUACUCAGUACCUGGAGUCUUUCCUCCGCAGCCAGUUCUACAUGCUGCGCAUGGAUGGGCCCCUUCCUUUGCCCUACAGGCACUACAUUGCUAUCAUGGCUGCUGCCAGACAUCAGUGUUCCUACCUAAUAAAUAUGCACGUUGAUGAGUUUCUGAAGACUGGCGGGAUUGCAGAGUGGUUGAAUGGUUUAGAAUACAUUCCCCAAAGACUGAAAAACCUGAACGAAAUAAACAAACUUCUUGCACACCGGCCCUGGCUGAUCACGAAAGAGCACAUCCAGAAACUUGUCAAGACUGGGGAAAAUAAUUGGUCUCUUCCUGAACUGGUGCAUGCUGUUGUCCUGUUGGCACAUUAUCAUGCAUUGGCAAGUUUUGUAUUUGGUAGUGGCAUUAAUCCAGAGAGAGAUCCGGAUACAUCUAAUGGAGUCAGACUUAUAGCAGUCAACAACUUCUGUGUCUGUGAUCUUGCCAAUGACAACAACAUAGAAAAUGCAUCCCUCACAAGUAGCAACUUCGGGAUUGCAGAUUCUUUAAGUGAGCUGGAGGCCCUGAUGGAAAGGAUGAAGAGACUACAAGAAGAUAAAGAGGAUGAAGAAGCCUCUCAGGAAGAAAUGGCUACUCGCUUUGAGAAGGAGAAGAAGGAGAGUCUGCUAGUAAUUAGUGGAGGUAUUUGUGCUUUCCCACACAGAGAUUCAUUUGAUGAUGAAAUAGUUUCUACAGAUGUCUCCCGUUAUGUUGAAGAUCCUGGGUUUGGGUACAAAGACUUUGCAAGGCGAGGAGAAGACCAUCUGCCAACAUUCAGAGCUCAGGACUAUACUUGGGAAAAUCAUGGCUUUUCCCUUGUAAACAGGCUUUAUUCUGAUAUUGGGCAUCUCCUGGAUGAGAAGUUUCGGAUGGUGUAUAACCUCACAUAUAACACUAUGGCAACACAUGAAGAUGUUGAUACAACUACACUAAGAAGAGCUUUAUUUAACUAUGUCCACUGUAUGUAUGGAAUCAGGUAUGAUGACUAUGAUUAUGGGGAAGUUAAUCAGCUACUUGAACGCAGCCUGAAGGUUUACAUAAAGACAGUGACCUGCUACCCAGAGAGAACUACCAAGCGCAUGUACGAUAGUUACUGGCGUCAGUUCAAGCACUCAGAGAAGGUUCACGUCAAUCUACUUCUGAUGGAAGCUCGGAUGCAAGCCGAACUUCUGUAUGCCCUUCGUGCCAUAACUCGUCACUUAACCUGA